AUGUUUUACUACGCAUUUUUCAUUGCUUUUAUACUUUUUACGGCAGUUUCACAUGGUAAACCAGCAACAUUUCGAGUAAAUCAACCAAAGCCAUGCUGUAUACCCAGCCAAUUUAGUGUUCUUCUCACUGUUUCGAGUGCUCAAGAAGUACCAAAUGCUGGAAUAGCAGCUUCUUAUGCCGUUUUCAAUUAUUCAAGUGAUGCAAAUCGUCGUAUAAUUGCAAUGAAGGGUAUAUCUUAUUCAGUAAUAGACCAAAAAGAGUCGAAUGUAUGGGUUAUUGAAAAUAUUGCUGAAAAACAAGCCUAUAUAAUAGAUGGAAAUACAAAAAAAUGCUUUAAAAAUUCAUAUCCAGUUGAACCGUUUCGGUGUAUAUCAGGUGAUUAA